CACACACUGUGCUCUGCCCGGCCAGCAGCCAGAGACGAUGUCUCUGAAGAGAUGACCACCGCCGGUUACCCAAACACGUUUCUCCGAACAUGGAAAACAAAUCGAUCUGAGCAUAAUCACAUAAAACAUGGCUUCUAUUUCUAGUCCGCCGAGGAGGAGGUGAGAUCGGCUGCGGUGGAGGCUCAAGAUAGAAGGCUUUCCUGACAGGGCGGGAGGGCAGCACACGGCGCUCUCUUGUCUUGUAAGAGGAUAAAGAAAAAAGGGAAAUCAAGCUAUUUUUAAGCGGACUGCUAGGGGCCAUCCUCCGGUGACAACAUGACCAGCGGGCCGGAUGAGAGCUCGGUGCGCGUCGCCCUGAGGAUUCGUCCUCAGUUGGCCAAAGAGAAGAUUGAGGGCUGUCACAUCUGUACGUACGUGAUGCCCGGGGAGCCACAGGUGUUCCUCGGUAAGGACAAGGCCUUCACUUAUGACUACGUCUUCGAUAUGGACACCCAGCAGGAAACCAUCUACACCCACUGCACAGAGAGCCUCAUCGAAGGGUGCUUCGAGGGCUACAAUGCCACAAUCUUUGCUUACGGACAGACAGGUUCAGGGAAGACCUACACCAUGGGAACUGGCUUCGAUGUCAGCAUCGGUGAGGAGGAGCUGGGUAUCAUUCCCCGGGCCGUCUACCACCUGUUCCGAGGGAUCGAGGAGCGCAUACAGGCUGCCACCGAGCAGGGCAGGCCUGUUCCUGAGUUCAAGAUCAACGCUCAGUUCCUGGAGCUGUACAAUGAGGAGGUGCUGGACUUGUUCGACUCGACGCGAGACAUCGAGGCCAGGAAACAGAGAUCCAACAUCAAAAUCCAUGAGGACGCCAAUGGAGGCAUCUACACCGUGGGCGUCACCACUCGCACCGUCACCUCUGCGGCUGAGAUGAUUCAGUGUUUGAAGCUAGGUGCUCUAUCUCGAACCACUGCCAGCACCCAGAUGAACGUCCAGAGUUCACGCUCCCACGCCAUCUUCACCAUCCACCUGUGCCAAGUUCGAGUAUGCUCACCCGAUAACAACGAUAACGUAACAGACAACCGUCUAGCUAACAACUCAGAGAUUAAUGAGUUUGAGACGCUUACAGCCAAGUUCCACUUUGUGGACCUCGCUGGUUCAGAGAGACUGAAGAGAACCGGAGCUACAGGAGACAGAGCCAAAGAGGGCAUCUCAAUCAACUGUGGCCUGCUCGCCCUGGGAAAUGUCAUCAGUGCUCUGGGAGACAGGAGUAAGCGCUCCACUCAUGUGCCUUACAGAGACUCCAAACUGACCCGGCUGCUGCAGGACUCACUAGGUGGCAACAGUCAAACAGUGAUGAUCGCCUGUAUCAGCCCGUCGGACCGGGACUUCAUGGAGACCCUGAACUCACUGAAGUACGCCAACCGAGCCCGAAACAUCAAGAACAAGGUGAUAGUGAACCAGGACCGAGCCAGCCAGCAGAUCAGCACCCUGAGGACAGAGAUAGCACGACUGCAGAUGGAGCUGAUGGAGUACAAGACGGGUAAGCGCAUGGUUGGUGAAGAUGGCAUGGAGGGCAUCAAUGACUUGGUCCAUGAGAACUCGAUGUUGCAGACUGAGAACAAUAAUCUGAGGGUGAGGGUGAAGGCCAUGCAAGAGACCAUCGACGCCCAGAGAGGCAGACUCACACAGAUACUCAGCGACCAUGCCAACCAGGCCCUGGCCAAAGCAGGUGAAGGCAAUGAAGAGAUCGGGAACAUGAUUCAGAACUACAUCAAAGAAAUCGAGGAGCUCAGAGCCAAACUUCUUGAGAGUGAGGCUGUUAACGAGAACCUAAGGAAGAACCUCUCUCGGGCUUCCACUCGCUCCUCGCUGUAUGGCGGCCCCGGCUCCUUCUCCACAGCCCUCCUCGCACCCGAGAAGGAGGCCAGCGAGGUCAUUGAGAUGGCCAAGAGGGAUCUGCAGAAACUCAAGAAGAAGGAAAAGAAGAAGAAAAAGAGGCUGAGACGAUACGAGGGGAAUCACCACCAAGAGGUUGAAGAUGCCAGUGUUAUCAAAGAAGAAGUCCCAGAUAAUGAACAGGAGCAAAGCACUGAGGAUGCAGACGUGGAGGUCAGCGACCAUGAAGAAGGUGAAGAUGCUGAAGGAGAGGAGGAGGACUCUGACAUGGCGGGAGAGGAGACGUCUGAGGAGUCUGACUCUGAAGACCUGGAUGAGAAAGAAAACGUCCAGGCCGACCUGGCCAACAUCACCUGUGAGAUCGCCAUCAAACAGAAGCUCAUAGACGAGCUGGAGAAUAGCCAACGGCGUCUGCACACACUCAAACAGCAGUAUGAGCAGAAGCUGUCGAUGUUGCAGAACAAGAUCAGGGAUACGCAACUGGAGAGGGACAAGGUGCUGCACAAUAUGGGUUCAGUGGAGUCUGGUACGGAGGAGAAGGCAAAGAAGAUUAAAGUAGAGUAUGAGAAGAAGCUGAACUCCAUGAACAAAGAGCUGCAGAAGCUUCAGUCUGCUCAGAAGGAGCACGCCCGCCUGCUGAAGAACCAGUCCCAGUAUGAGAAACAGCUCAAGAAGCUCCAGCUUGAUGUGACUGAGAUGAAGAAGACCAAGGUGUCACUGAUGCGUCAGAUGAAGGAGCAGCAGGAACGCAACAGAGUCACAGAGUGCAGGAGGAACAGAGAGAUUGCCUCUCUGAAGAAAGAUCAGCGCAGAUCUGAGCAUCAACUGAAGCAGAUGGAGGCUCAGAAAAGACAACAGGAGCUGGUCCUGCGCAGGAAGACUGAAGAGGUGACGGCUCUCAGGCGGCAGGUGAGGCCUGUGUCAGGUAAGAUGACCAGGAAGGUGAGCUUACCUGAACCUCUUCAGGAGCCGUUGUACCGAGCCAGCCCGGGAAGGCUGCAGUCCUCUGUGGCCUCCCCAUCCAAUGGAGCCAGGAGUUCUCCAGUACGGAUGGGAAGCAUUUACCUCAACCGGACAGCCAGAACCAAAUGGCAGUCAUUGGAGAGACGCGUCACUGACAUCAUCAUGCAGAGGAUGACCAUCUCUAACAUGGAGACGGAUAUGAACCGACUGCUGAAGCAAAGAGAGGAGCUGACCAAGCGGAGGGAGCGAGUGUCCAGGAAGAGAGAAAAGAUGGCAGUGGAGGGGGUGGAUGCCGACCGCUCCCUGGCCUCCCUCAAUGAGGAGCUGGAGUCUCUGAGUGCCAACAUCGACUACAUCAACGACAGCAUCGCCGAAUGCCAGGCCAACAUCAUGCAGAUGGAGGAGGCAAAGGAGGAAGGAGACACAGUGGAUGUUACCGCAGUGAUAAGCUCCUGUAAUCUGUCAGAGGCCCGCUUCGUUCUGGACCACUUUAUGACAAUGGCCCUCAAUAAGGGUCUGCAGGCGGCUCAGAAGGAGUCCCAGCUGAAGGUGAUGGAGGGCAGGUUGAAACAGACAGAGAUCAACAGCGCCACCCAGAACCAGCUGCUGUUUCACAUGCUGAAGGAAAAAGCUGAGAUCAACCCUGAGCUGGACGCCUUGCUGGGCAGCGCUCUGCAAGAGAAUGGAGAUGACAGCAGCAGUGAUGAGUCCACCCCCAGUCCAGCCGCAGAGGGCAGCACACUGGCAUCAGAUCUAAUGAAGUUAUGUGGUGAAUCCAGACCGAGAAGUAAGGCUCGAAGACGAACCACCACCCAGAUGGAGCUGCUUUACGCUGGCAGCGGGGAACCAUCCUGUGAAUCCCCCACCGGAGACUUCUCUGCCCCUUUGCUUCCCCUCACAGAGCGCCCGGAAGGCUUGGCGGACAUGCAGGGUCACGCGGCUGGUCAAACGCCUGACCGCGAGCAAACUGUUUCCCCAUCUGCACUGUCUGCCAGGCCAGCUGGCAUUUCUGGAUCCAGGUCACCCACAGGGACUGAGAGGAGGCAGCUGGACCGCUCACCUCUCACCCGAAGGAAGAUGCAAGAGAAAGGAACAACGGCGACACACAUCCCAGCACCCAUACACGCACCUCCAGUCAGCACAGCAGAGGCUAAAACUAAAGGCAGUGACUACAAAACAAUGUUAGACGAGUCACCUCCAUUUGAAGGCCAUAGAGGUGUGAUCAAUCCCGUGACGGCCCCUAAGAACAGCCGGGGGGCCAAACUUCAGUGCGUCUAUGUAGCCGAGGGCCACACCAAACCUGUUCUCUGUGUGGACGCCACUGAUGAUCUGCUCUUCACAGGAUCCAAAGAUCGAACAUGUAAGGUGUGGAACUUGGUGACAGGUCAGGAGAUCAUGUCACUAGCAGAGCAUCCCAGCAGUGUCGUCUCUGUCAGAUACACUUCCAGCCUCGUCUUCACAGUUUCCAAUGCUUACAUCAAAGUCUGGGACAUACGAGAUUCUGCCAAGUGUAUACGCACUCUCACGUCGUCAGGCCAGGUGGGUACAGGGGACACCUGUUCUUCAGCCAGGAGUUUAUCCAUCCCACCAGGAGAGAGUCAGAUCAACCAGAUCACACUCAACCCUUCUGGCUCCUUCCUAUAUGCUGCUGCUGGCAAUUCUGUACGCAUGUGGGACCUCCGCAAGUUUGUGUCCACAGGGAAGCUGACUGGCCAUUUGGGACCUGUCAUGUGUCUGACUGUUGAUAAAUUGGGUAGUGGACAGGACAUUGUGCUCACUGGCUCCAAAGACCGUCAUAUUAAAAUGUUUGAGGUGGCAGAAGGUGCUCAGGGUAGCAUCACCUCCAGCCAUACGUUUGAUCCCACCCAUCAGGACAGCGUGGAGUCCCUGGCCGUGCAUAGAGAUGUUUUCUACAGCGGAUCCAGAGAUUACUACAUCAAAAAGUGGGACUUGGCCAGUAAACAGCUGCUACAGCAGUCAGUCAGUGCCCAGACAGACUGGAUAAGUGCUCUGGGCAUGGUGCCAGGCUCUCCGGUACUGCUUAGCGGGUGUAGAGGAGGGCUGCUGCGCCUCUGGCACGCCAACUCGCUAGCACCCCUUGGCGAGGUCCGAGGACACGACAGUCCAAUCAACGGCCUGGCCACCAACGGCAGCCAACUGUUCACCGCUUCUGAUGACCGCACUGUGAAGAUUUGGGAAGCCAAAGGAUCUCUAGAGGAUGGAGUCCACUGACGAAUCGUUGAUGAAUCAUCUUCUGGCCUUUGCCCAAUCAAAGUUAAUCAUUCGUAAAUGAAGUCUUGUAUGGGAAUCCAAAGUGGAUCUGGGACCUGAAACUGGGUAAUUUAAUCUAAUUAGAUGUAACUGCACUCAGUCUUUGAAACUGUAUGCAGUUACUGAUAUUUUAGGUCAAGACGGAUCACCACAAGCUCAGUGGAGCCUCUCAAGUCUCCAGUUGGACCACAGAACAGCUGCAGUGGACAGCAGCUCUCACAACUACGAGAGACAGUGAUAAAAAUCAAAGUGAAAAUAUGGAUCCUGGAGUCUCUCCUGUACUCAACAUUCCUCUUCUCAGUCCAGCUCAAGACAACAUGGAUGCUUUCAGUGCAAAUUGUGAAAUUUAUGUUGGAGCUACUGAGAAAGAAAAAUAGAUUUUGGCGCAUAGCUUUGCUGCCUCGCACCAAUUGUUGCACAUCAAAAUGAAGACUGCUGAAAUGGUCUGUGCACCAAGACAAGACAUUUCCAAGACGUACUCAUGGAGAUCCCUGCUUCACCAGCAAUACGUGUGAGUCUAUCCUGUGUGUCAGUUUUUCUUGUCUCUUUAGGUCAUUUCUGUUUAACCAAGGACCAAAUAACUACUGAAACUGCAGAAGGUCUUAUUGUUCAGCUGUUACUGCCAAACACUUUCAUGGAACAAAAGAGGCCUCUAAGUAAAACAUACAAUGCUCCUUUGACAGGAUUCCUAUAGGGUUCAGUAUUUCCUUUAUUUCAGUUUUUCAAUCAGUGUUGUCAGUGUUCAUUAAAUCUGCUGACCAAAACUAUAUGCAUCACGAGUGAACAAUAUUCCUUCACACUGCCUUACAAAAGCAAAGAGCAGUAACUACAGACAUUUUCUAGAGGUUGCCUAGAGGUAUGAAGAUGUCCAGCUGUUGAACAUUAAUUUUAAAAAAGGACUCAGGAUCUACCAACAUAAUGUUUUCUUUCAGCUUUCUUGUUCAUUUGCACAGUUGUAAUAUAAUUUAAAACAUAUAUGAUUUUAAAGUAACUUCACCGCUAGAUUCAAACAGCAUGUAAUGCUAGUCAGCUUUUUGCAAAACUGGUUUAGCGGGUGGUCCAUUUUUCUCUACUAUUAUCAAAUGUAGCUACUGCCUUAUUUAUUUGGUAUUACAAACUUAAUUGCUAUGAUUACUAAGAGCAUCAAUUCAUUUGAUUUUAAUUACACGGUAAGGGUAGGAAAAAGUGGAGUGGUUAAAUUAGCUUUCAGCAGCUAGCCUUAACUAGCAAGAGUGCACUAACUCCUGUUUGUUGUUUUUCUGUAAAUUUCACAUGCUGUUUAUAGCAAAAUAUUUUCAUAUGAUUAAAAAGAUGUCAGAAAGUAAAAUUAUGAUUUUUCUGAGCAAAUAUGUACAGUAGUUACUGCUUUUUGGCUUUGUAAGGCAGCAUACUUCUCCAAGCUUUUCAAGAAUAACUGUAGCUACACAUCCACACCCUUCAGAGACAGAAGAAGAAGAGUUCUGCUUUUAACUGUAAAUGAACUUGUAGAAAACCAAGCAGAAUAGCUUCAUCCAUAACCAAUAAUAGAAGUGUCUCACCAUUUCCCAAACUCAUAACAACUUUGAUAUUUCAGAAUGAGGUUAAUAGUAUUUUUCUUUUUUCGUCAAUGAUGUGCUGUCAGCAGUCACGUACAGCAGCUUGGUUUCUGGUUUCAAUAAUCUCUAGUUGAUGUGCAGACAGUUUCCUCAAAGCAGCUGUAGCCAUAAGUGCUGUUUUAGCUUCCUCUGAUGAGUGGUUUUACUUUCCCGUCAGCACGCUCCCCUCUGGAUCUUCUGACCUAGCUUUAUUUCAGGGCUGCAACAUACAUUUUCUUUCCUCAAGGAUUCUGAUUCCUUACAUGAAAAGUUUACCCAUUGAGUAUUUGAUUUCUGUGACCUUUAGUACCUGUGCAACACUGGAGAAAUAAAAACUGGAUUUUUUGGUGGAGUCUCAUAGCAAACAGGUCAACACUUUAAUGAGGGGAGUGAAAAAGAACAUUUUAUUUCCUCAUAUGGAUUUCUACCAUAUUGUAAUGCGAAAUCAUUUUUCUCAUCUGAAAUGUGAAUGUAAACCAUUCAUGUUUAAAUGAAACAAUUAAGCACCUUGUAAUUCCUAAGUCAUGAUAUGUGAGAUACAUACUUUAUGGAUGCAAGUCUUCCCUGAAAUGUGUUUUUGUGAGUUUUUUCUCAAACCCAGUGAUGUGACAAGUUUUCAUUCUGUUCUCUAUGUACAGUACUGUUCACCUCUGCUGUCUUAGUGUCUGUAAACUGCACACUUCCUGCAGUUGAGCAUUUCAAAUAUCAGUCUUUUUAGAUGUGAUUCUAAAAUGCUAUUAUUUAUUUCUUUAAAUUUUGAUUUUGCUGUUGUGUCUUCCUCAUCAAUCAGCAUCGGAGACUUUCUACUCGUUUUUAUCUGAGGCCUCUGAUAUCUUAGCAUCAUAGAUGAUGGACUGCAAAAAAUGAUGGGAUGCAUUUUUCCAUUAUCAGAGGUGCCUGUGAUUAAUCCUAAAAAGUAGAUAGUGGCCUUAGAAUUACUACCUGAUAAAUGUGGACUAUCUCAUUGAAACAGUCAGGUAACCAAUUUAAUCAUAAGUAUUCUUUAAAUGUAUUGGAAAAACAUGUGCUGCUCUGGUUUGGAUAUUGGAGGUGGACAUUGUUAGCAAUGCUACAGUCAAUGGGGCUAAAAUAAUUGCACUGAAAAUGUUCAUUUUUGCAACUUUAAAGCUGUUUCCCAACUGUCUCACAACAUAGUUUACUGCACACUACUUAAGUAAUGUUAGUUACAAAAACUGGUUUUCGGUCCCAUUGACUUGCACAAUAAUUGCUAAAGAAAUUAUUUCCCAAAACAAAGAA